UGUGGUAACACUGCAUAAAAGGCUCAGUGCUGUACAACUUUACAUGUGGUCAAGAAUAAAUUAGUCUCUGGCUUGCUACUGACUCCAGCUCCUUUCCUUGGGCUCCCAACAGAAGAGCUGAGUGAUAGAAAAAGCUAACAAUUACCUGAACCGAAGCUCUUCAACAACAAAAGCUCAUCUUUUUAGAGACAUGAAAGCUGUGAUUGGACUGCAGUUGAUGCUGAUAGGAGUCUGUUGUGGUAUGGAAUCUUCCUGCGAUGCCAGAAAGAAGGAAGUUCGUUGUUAUGGAGCCUUAGGAGGAACAGUGAACCUUCGGAUAAUGGAUAAGGCCACAAAACUAUCUAAAUUCAUUUGGGCAAAGAAACGCUCACAGUUAUUCCACUGGCUGUCCCACAUGAUUGUAGCUCGUACAAAGGACAAUAGAUUUAGCUUUUUUCCACAUAAUGGAACAGUUAAGAUCACUAACCUUAGAAGGCACGACAGCGGUUUAUAUCAACUUAUGUUAAAGAAGGGUAGAAAGUACAAAGUUACAAGAAUUCUGAAGCUGUUUAUUGAAGUUCCUGUGUCAUCUCUCUGGGUAGUCUCUAAAUGUACGUCCUCUGGAAAGCAGAGGGUGUUCUGCUUUCCUGAGGAAGGGGACAAUCAUUUCUGCAAGUGGACUAUGGAUGGAAAACCUCUGAAAAACUUUAAGUACUUAUCUAGAUAUAAGAAGAAAAACUCUAAGUUCUUUUCUGGACAUGCUAAAACUUGCACCAUUCUUCUGGAACCAAAGGAAAUAGGUCAUCUCGGCUGCUCACUCAGGAAUCACAUAAGUCAUUCCUUCAAAGAGAAAAAUAUAAUCAGCUGUGCUGGUAAAAAAGGGACCAAAUUGGAAAAGGAAAAAACCAAGAUUUUGAAAAAUGGAUGUCUUAAUAAUUCAUCGUCGACUCAGUGUACAAAAAACAAAGAUGGAGCUAAAAUUACAACACUCCCACCAAAACUGACUCCAAAAGAGAAGGAUGGGGCAAAAAAUUCAACAGUCCUGCCAAAAUUGUUUCCAAAAGAGAAAGAUGAGGCUAAAAAUCAUACAGUACAACUAACACUGUCUCCAAAAGAGAAGGAUGGGGUUAAAAAACCAACAGUCCCACCAACACUGUCUCCAGAAGAAAAGGAUGGGGCUAAAAUACGACCAGUCUCACCAACACUGUCUCCAGAAAGGAAAGGUGGGUCAAAAAAACCAACAGUCCCACCAACACUGUCUCCAGAAGGGAAAGUUGGGUCUAAAAAACCAACAGUCUCACCAACACUGUCUCCAGAAGGGAAAGAUGGGGCUAAAAAACAAACAGUCUCACCAACAUUGUCUCCAGAAGAAAAAGAUGGGAAUAAAAAACCAAAAGUCCAACCAACACUGUCUCCAGAAGAGAAGGAUGGGGCUAAAAUACGACCAGUCCCACCAACACUGUCUCCAGAAGAAAAGGAUGGGGCUAAAAAACCAACAGUCCCACUAACAUUGUCUCCAGAAGAAAAGGAUGGGGCUAAAAAACCAACAGUCCCACUAACAUUGGUAAGUGAGAAUCUCCAGAUGGGAAAGUUGGGUCUAAAAAACCAACAGUCCCACCAACAUUGUCUCCAGAAGGGAAGGAUGGGGCUAAAAUACCACCAGUCUCACCAACACUGUUUCCAGAAGGGAAGGAUGGGGGUAAAAAACCAACAGUCCCACCAACACUGUCUCCAGAAGAGAAGGAUGUGGCUAAAAAACCACCAGUCUCACCAACACUAUCUCCAGAAGGGAAGGAUGGGGCUAAAAAACCACCAGUCUCACCAACACUGUCUCCAGAAGAAAAGGAUGGGGCUAAAAACCAACAGUCCCACUAACACUGGUAAGUGGGAAUCUCCAGAAGAAAAGGAUGGGAAUAAAAAACCAAAAGUCCAACCAACACUGUCUCCAGAAGAGAAGGAUGGGGCUAAAAUACGACCAGUCCCACCAACACUGUCUCCAGAAGAAAAGGAUGGGGCUAAAAAACCAACAGUCCCACUAACAUUGUCUCCAGAAGGGAAGGAUGGGGCUAAAAAACCACCAGUCUCACCAACACUGUCUCCAGAAGAGAAGGAUGGGGCUAAAAUACCACCAGUCUCACCAACACUGGUAUGUAAGAAGUCAUCUGCACCUGCCACACGUUUUACAGCACUUGAAUAA